AUGGCGCAAGCGGGGAGCCCAGCCAACAGUGAGUUGCAGUACUCCAGAUGGGAGAAGACGAGUGUCAAGUGUCUUGCCUGCCUUGCAUUUCUCUUCCUCUUAGGAUUCCCUUGUGAGGUGGAGGAGAAGUACCGCAAGGCCAUGGUGUCCAACGCCCAGCUGGACAAUGAGAAGAACAACCUGAUGUACCAGGUAGAUAGGCUGAAGGACUCGCUCAUGGAGCUGGAAGAGCUGCUGUCCGAGUCACGCCGCGAGUACGAUGCAAAGACCAAGGACUUUGAGUGUGAGAAGCAUGCCUACGGCGUGCUCCAGUUCCAGUUCAACGUGAUGAAAGAAACGCUAAAGCAGAGCGAGGAGUUACUAACGAAACAUGGAAUUGUCCUCGGACCUGACCUGACCACCAAUAGGGAAAAGGUGGAGAUGGUAACUGAAAGGUCAGCUAAUAGAGAUCCAGCUUCUCAAUUGGCUCAGGACUCUCAUACGUCACCCACGGAAGGGGGGAACAUCAUGCUCGGCAGAGCUCAGGAUAUGGAAUUGGGAAGUAGAGGAGAUAAGAUGGUGGAUCCAGGAAGGUCCAGGCAGCAAGUGGAAACACAUGAGGCGGUUCAAGAGAACCAUCUGACCUCGCCCACUCCCUGUAGCCUCGCUGGUGUUUCUGAAACCGAAACUUCUAUGGAGGCUCGGCCAUGCUCGCCCAAAUUGGGGGAUGAGGUUGACAUUACUGCAUUCAAUGUCAACAAAGACUCUGACAAUGGCAUACUCGUAGUAGAGGUCAAGCAUGGACCGGUUUGCGAUUCUGAGGUAAUUGUGGUUGUAACAGUUCCUGAGGAAGAGCUUACAGAAGAGGGGGAGGGAUACAAACCAGCAGGCAUGGAGGGGACAGUGCAAGGGAGAGUAGAGGCCACAAAAAUGGGAAUAAAAAAUGACAAGGCAGAUGAUAUGGAGGCCAAAGUCACCAAGAGUAGUGAUCACACAAAAGAGCCUACCUCAGAAUAUGGUGCAUUAGCUGAACAAGAUAAUAUAGCAUUGAGGAAAGAGGUUGUGAAAAGUAUAGACUCAUGUCCUCACCCUAGGGAAACCAUUGAGGACACCAUACAAAAUGGCACAAAGAUUAGCCCAGGGACUGACCAUGAUACUAGUAAGAGCGCAAUAAAAUCAGAAUGUAAGACUCAACCUAAGCUUCAGAAAACAAAGGCAGAAGCGUUAUCAAAGAUAACUGACACUCAGCCACAGGCCCAAGGAGGCAAGAAGAAGAAGAAGAAAGGCAAGAAGGGAGAGAGACAAGGUGAUGAAAAGCAGAAAGACUAUAAGAAGAGCACAACAAAAAAGGGUGUAGUCUCCAUGAAAAAUAGCACACAGAUUCCCCAAAGAACAAACCUUGAUACUACUAAGAGCCCAGUCGAAUCAAAGGCUAAAGUGUUGCCAGAGGCCACUGAUAUGCAGCCACUGGCCAAAGGAGGCAAAAAGAGGAAGAAAGACAAGAAGGGAGAGACACAAGGUGAUGAAAACCAGGGAGACGAUAACAAGAGGAGCAAAACAGAAAAGAAUGUGGACUCAGUCUCAACAGAUAAGGAGCCAAUAGUGGAGGAAGUUAUCACAAUAGAGACACAGGAGCUUCUAGAGGAGGGUACCGGUAGUUCACCAAAUCAAGAACUCCAAAGCCCUAAAGAAAAAGCACAAACCAUAGCUGAGGGAGGGAACCUGAAGGAAGAAGAAGAACAACAACUAGCAGAGGGCCGAGUAGAGGUUAAGAGUGAGGAGCCUCCCAUUGAAACCCCAGAAGUAUCUCUGAUGGACCAAGCCAAGAGUGAGGAAGUUGUCAAAAAGGACAACCAAAAACCUUCCAUGGAAUCAGAGAAAUCAGAAGGCGAGAUAUCAGUAUUAUGCCAUGAGUGCGACAUUAGUAUCGUGGAUCCUGUUAACCAGCAAUGUAUAACCAAUUGUUUAACCAGUGCUGAUAACCCUAAAGAGAAAUUAGAAUCCAUAACAAAUACUGGUACCCAAAAAGACGAGUCAGGGUACACAACCAACCCUGAUAACUUUGUAGACUGCCUGAACUCUUCAGCUGACCCGAAAUGUCCAUUGGACUUGAAAGAGUCCACUGCUGAGAAUUCAAACAAUGUCAAAGAAGAUGCAGUCAAGGUCUCAGUUGAUGAGACUCAAACAAUCCAAGACACAAAGGCUGAGGGAAUUAACUUUCACAGUCGCAUAUUUCUAAGAACGGCGCUCGAGAAGAGCAUGGUACCUGAAGACCUUAUCGCCAAUGAUGGUGUCAUUACUCACCCAGAGCAUGUUACCGAAAAUGCCAUAAAAUAUGUGAAAGUGGCAGGUCAUGAUGAACAAAAUGGGAGCCCAGAUGAGUGUAAGAAUGCACUUGAACAUAAAGACAUUUCCAUAGCAUUGCCAGCAAGUGUAGAUAAAUGCAAAAAUGUAUCAGGAGAGAACUGUGGCACAUCGCUCGACAGCAACUGCCCUGCUGCUGAGACCAUAAGACAGCCUGAACAAUUGAUGGAUCUACCUGGUUGUCCAGUCGCUGACGAGCACUUAGAGGACAACAACGAGCCAGUUACACUUGAUGAAGAAAAGGCAUCAAAUGGAGGGAUCUCCACAGAGACCGAGCUGAAUGUUACAGAAACACGACUACAGGACCCUGUAAAAGAAACUCCGGAGACAAUUGACUCUUUUAGGGAACAGGGAUACAUAGAAAGCAAACCAUGCACUAUGGUGGCUGAAGCAGAAGAGCAAGACGAUCCCAUUGAGGCCAAGCUGGAGGGUAACAAGGUACCUGGACCCAGUGAGCAGGGGAAUGAUGAGGGGGACGAUGAUAUUGAUGAGGGUCCAUCGUUUGACUUUAACAACCUAGAUUCGGUGGUUUCUGCAAAUGUGUUUCCAGUAACAUCCCAAGAGGUCAGCCAGGAGGUAAGAAUGAUGGAAGGCAACAAAAUGGAGGUAGAGCCAGGUAGAGAGAAGGUAAUCAAGGAAGAGGAACACUGGGACAAGUCAACAGGAAAACCGCAGGGCACAGUAGAGGGAGUUAGCACAAUAGUGGCAAAGCAGCCACUUGAACGGGGGUCAGAUAGUGCACAAGAAUAUUGCAAGAUGACAUGGUGUUAUACCCUGGGUCGUUCUGGACAGAAUGAGCUUGUGUUUAUUCUCAGCCCCUCCCUGUCCAUGUACUUGGCUCCUCCCACCCCUGAGAUCCGCCUGAGGAAGCUGGUUGACGAGCGGGAGAACUUGAUAGGACAGGUGAAGAAACUGAAGGCCCAAGUAGAGCAAAAGAAACUGAGGAACGAGACUGAGGGCUCUAGCCCAGAGGGUGAGGUUCUGGAGAACGGCACAGACCCCCACAUACAAGACCUGCAGAGAGAUGCCAGCAGGCAACUUAGUGACCUGAAGUUCAAACUUGUAAAAUCAGAGCAGGAGGUGACCGCUUUGGAACAGAAUGUUACCAGGCUCGAGGGUCAGGUGACCCGCUACAAGGGUGCGUCAGAGAAUGCAGAGAAAGUGGAAGACGAGUUGAAGGCUGAGAAACGCAAGCUGCAGAGAGAGUUGCGGUCAACGCUGGAUAAGAUUGACGAACGGCACCGACUCCCUAACGAUGACCUGCCAGCAUAACUCCGACCCUAUCCUGUCUGCCCACCAAUGACUGCCCAUGUAUGACGGAGUGUCCGACCUUGCAUUGAGCUCUCCUCUCCAUCUGCUUCGCAACCUUAUGAAAAGAACCUUGAGAAAUUUGAGAUAUCCUCAUCGCUGAAGCGCACAACACAAAAAUGCGCAAUGUGCCAUUUUCUUCAUGUCUUUGUUUUUUCCAAUGAUGAGAAUUCUUCAUAGGCAUAUGUGCCUGUGUGCCUCACUUCCUCUACCAGGGGGUGGCGCUGCUCUGCACCAGAGAAUUAUAGGAAAUGUGGCGCUACAGGAGGGCGCUUUGGGACUGAAGGGGGUUCUUUGGACUGCACUGGCUGCUUGGGCUACAUGGCGCUCCUAUCCACCCCACAUCCCCAGUGUACAGACUAAUACUGAAUGUCCCUCUGUCCUGAACCACCCGCCUCCUCACUCAACCCCCUAUGUCCACAUUUACUAAACCGAGAGGACAUGGCCUAAACUGGGGGAACAUGGUGUGCUGUGUAUAUGAGAGCAUUUAUUGUGUGCACGUGUAUGAUUGUUUUUUUUAUCCCGCUCUUAUACCCUGCAUUUCUCUCAUCUGUGUCCUAAAGCCAAAGUAUGAACACAUUUUACCGUGGUUGGGUGUGUGUUUGUUACCUGUUGUGUCUCAAGUCCAAGGGCUUGUGUAGUCUAAAAGCCAUGGAAGGUUGUGUGUGUGCAUUCCACCUUCCCAGGCUACACAGUCUUACCACAAUCAAUAUAAUAAUUGUCACACAGAAUGUUUUUAUAUGCCGAUGUGAUUUCAACCAUUUUUCUAACUCUGAUUCAUUUUUUUUUUUUUUUACAGAUUUGUUUUUGAAUGUACCCAGGUCAUGUUCAUUAGGCACCAAACAAUAAAUUGUACAACACGGAGGGACUACCUGAAAUUGUCCAAUAAAAUACACAAUUUCUGUUGCAAUCCUUUUGCUACAGUUCCCUAAUGAACAGGACACAGUUGUUAGGUCCUAAACAGCUUGACUAAACUAAUUAACCAAUCUACUACCGCCACAGCUUUGAGUUAGGCUCAGAGCAGCCAAUGACAUGAAGUCUGCAUAUCCCCCCUCCAAUCUGGUAGAGCCCCAUUGAAGUUUGUCUCAGGGAAGAUCUCAAUUGCAUACUCCUUGCGUCCUCUCUCCUCAAAACACAUUUGAUGAGAAUGCUAGAGGUCCCUCCCCUCCGGCCUCUUCCAAUGGGUUUUAAGGAGGCGAGAAGUAUGCAAUUGAGAUUCUCCCUCAGUCUCGAGCAAUAAAGUCACUGGUUGGCCUGCCACCUCACAUACUCUUGCUUGUUGAGACAUGCUAGUGCUGAUGAUGCUUAUGGUGAUGAAAAACACUACAUAAAAUGGGGAAGGGAACGUUGGUAGGAGACCCCCUCAAACACACACUCGCUAGGGAGAUGCUGCUUCACUGUUUACAAAGCUUUAAAAUGUUUGUAAGGAGACUUAAGGAAUUGUAAUAUUUGUGCAAUAAAAUGUCCAGCCAUGCUGUACCGGCA